AUGGGAACAGGUCAAGCCAGCAACCUCCACAGGAGCAGUCCCAAAGCAACAACUCCCACAGAAGCAGAUAAAAGGGAGCAACCACUGAGGGGCCAGGGCCAAGCCAGAGACUGCUGUGAGACUGGGUGUGAGUCAGGGACCUCUGAAAGAGCAGGUCUAAGACAGCAACCUCUGCCAAAGCAGGUCCCUGCAAGAAAACUAAGCAGAAUCAGGUAUGAGUAUAUGGCCACCAAGGGAGCAGGCCUGAACCAGAGACCUCUUCAGGACUUGGUCCAAGCCUUUGUGGGAGCAGGUCUGAAUCAGGGACAUCCUCAGGAACAGGCCAAAGUCAUCAACCUCCAUUGGAGAAGUUCUGAGUCAUCCAGUGACCUCUGCCAGAACAGGCCUGAGGCAGAGACUUCCAUAGGAGCAGCAUUGGUUAAUCAAGAAACUGUUGGACAUAUGCAGGGAAUAAAGGACCAGAGCUGGAAGGAGGAGGUGGUGUCCAAAGAUACUUGGAUGAAAGGCUUGCUCAAGUCCACCUGUCUGUAUGGGCAGCUCCCCAAGUUUCAGGAUGGAGACCUUACCCUGUACCAAUCUAAUGCCAUCUUGAGGCACUUGGGCCGAUCCCUUGGGCUUUAUGGAAAAGAUCAGAAGGAGGCUGCCCUGGUGGAUAUGGUGAAUGAUGGGGUGGAAGACCUUUGCCUGAAAUACAUCACCCUCAUCUACACCAAAUAUGAGGAAGGAAAGGAUGACUAUGUGAAGGCCCUGCCUGGACACCUGAAACCUCUCGAGACCCUGCUGUCCCAGAACCAAGGAGGCAAAGCCUUCAUCGUGGGUGACCAGAUCUCCUUCGCCGAUUACAACUUGCUAGAUCUGCUGCUGAUCCACCAGGUCCUGGCCCCUGGCUGCCUGGACAACUUCCCCCUGCUCAGUGCCUAUGUGGCACGCCUCAGUGCCCGGCCCAAGAUCAAUGCCUUCCUGUCUUCCCCUGAGCAUUUGAACCAUCCCAUCAAUGGCAACGGCAAGCAGUAAUGUAGGGAGAGACCG